UGAAUUUCCCGACGGUUCGGUUGCUAGGUGUUUUAGCGUCCUAACUGUGUACGGUUGCUAGCUAAUGGCCAGCUAACUAACACCAGUUUAAGUGAAGCCCGUACGCUUUGGCUAAAAUGGAUUAUAUAAGUUUCAGUUGUGGAUGAGCACGUUGAAAGCGAUAUAAGCCCGUAGCCGAGGUAAAAUAUGUGCGAAUAAGGCUCUGCAGAAUGCUGGCUGGAGGUAUAAACGUUAUUUCAUGAGAACAGAAGUCUUUUCUGUCGGUAGGUGUUUUAAAGGUUUUGGGCACUCACAUGAGUUCGAGGGAGGCAGCCAAGAUGGGGGACAUCUUGGCAACUGAAGCCGAUCUUCUUGGGAUGGUCAAGGAGUAUCUUAAGUUCGAGGACUUUGAAGAGACUGUUCACAUUUUCGACAAGGAGUGCAAAAACAAAGGCAAGCUCGUCUCAAAGCCUCAAGGAAGUAUUCAGAGGGACUCAAAGACUCGUGUCAUUCAGAAAGACCUCCUUAGCUCUUUUGAUGAUGGAGACCACAAAGUCUUCUUUGAACUGUGGACAGACAAUAUUCCCUCAGAGGUAAAAGAUACAGACCCCGAGGCCCAGAGCCUGGAGUUCUACCUUCACAUCCACUUCACCAUCUACCCACUGAGGAGACACCCUGGUAGACACGACCGAGCUGAGUUUGAGGAGAGGAUUUCCCACUUCAAGCAGUACCUGGAGACUCGAGGAGCAGCGCUGAGCCAAACCACAAAGUUUCUGCCUUACUAUGCGUUGCCUUUCGUUCCCAACCCCACCGUCCAUCCCUCUUUCAAAGAUCUUUUCCAGGAUUCCUGGAUACCGCAGUUGAAGGAUAAGCUGGAGCAGUUUCUGUCAGUGACAUUGAAGCCGUCCAACACCCCAAGGCUUCUGAAUUUAUAUAAGGAGGGAGGAAGGAGUACUAAAGAGGCCAUGCAGCAGCUACAGCUCCAACUGGCUGAAUCGGACCGCCGCAUCGCUAGCUACGUGCGAAAGUUCAACAAGAUGCAGGCCGACUACCACAACCUGAUUGGAAUCACUGCUGAGCUGGUCGACUCAUUGGAGGCCACCGUCAGCGGAAAAAUGAUCUCCCCUGAGUACCUGCAGAGUGUGUGUGUUCGCCUGUUCAGCAGCCAGAUGAGGCAGAGCGUGGUGCAGAGCACUGACUUCACGAGACCUGGCACUGGAUAUUACUCUAUGAGUCCCUAUGAUGAUGGCUAUGCAUCCUCGAUGCUACGAGCAUCCAUCGCACCGCAAAGAUCUAAGGAGGUGCCAAUGCUACCCUCACUAGAUUAUGAAAAGCUGAAGAAAGACCUGUUUGAAGGCCCAGAUAGACUCAGAUCCCUGCUGCUUCAGGCACUACGCUGGAGACUGACUCGUUCACUCCCUGGUGAACAGAGAGACACUGUGCUUCAGGCCUAUAUCAGUAACGAUCUGCUGGAGCGCUACAGCACUAAACAGAAAACCGUGCUUGAUUUAUUGAGAUCGAAGAACGAGAUUGUCCGCCAGUACAUGGCUCGUCUCAUCAAUGCAUUCGCUUCCCUUGCAGAGGGUCGAGUUUAUCUCUCCCAAAUCCCCAUUCUUCUGAAACUUCUGACAGAGGUACUCAGGAAGGAGGAAAAUGACUCCCUCACUAGAGAGAAUGUGCUAGUGGCCCUGCAGAAACUCAGCCUCAGGAGGAGCCAGCAGACGGCCAUGAUAGCAGAUGAUCUGAUUGGCUGGCUGGUGGAUGAGCUUCAGGAUUCAGACUGCCUGAGUGACUACACCCUGGAGUACUCUGCAGCUCUGCUCAUGAACUUGUGUCUGCGAACAAAAGGAAAAAGGAAGUGCGCAGAGAACGCCAAGCAUGUGCUAAAGGUUCUAACUGACCUCCUUGGACAUGAGAACCAUGAGAUUCGACCGUAUGUGAAUGGAGCCUUGUACAGUAUCCUGUGUAUUCCCACCGUGAGACAGGAAGCCAAAGAGAUGAGUGUAGAGGAGAUUCUCCGCUGCUACAGCAAGGAGGAGAACCCAGACCUCAACAGACAAAUUGAGUUCAUCAUUAAACAGCUUAACUCAGCUGAGGAAGAGGGGCCAGAGUCAGACGAUGAAGAAGAGGAGGACGACAAUGAUGAAGAUUUAAUGGAGACAGACCUCGAUACAGAGGAAGUUCUCCAACCACAGCCCAGGGAACUGUCUGGGGAGAGUCUGCUCACCACUGAGUACCUGGGAAUUAUGACCAACAUGGCAAAAGUGAAGAGGAAGUCAACCCCUCUGCCUCAACCAAGUGUCGAUGAACCCUUACAACGACCAGUCACACCAAGUUCUCAUCGCAAUGUCAACAUGGUGGAUUAUCGAUCCGGCAGUCAGGGGGGCGAGGGUAGCAGGGACAGAGAAUAUCCUCUGAGCAGACAGAAGAGCGAGGAAGGGAGCCUGCCUCCUUCACGACACAACUCCCGACCUCCUACACGCUCCGGCAGUCGCCCCAGUACUGCUGACUCCCUACGUCACAGCAUCGAUUCAGAGUGUGGCCGGUUGUCCCAGGAGUCAGAGUUGGACAGGCCAUAUGAAGGGCGAGCCAGAAAAGGACAGUCCCAGGAGGAACACAAUGGACAGUCUGCCAGUGGUGAUUACAUCCCUGCGUUUGCAAGCCAGCCCAAGAUCCCCCGUACACCUGACACAGCAGCCAGCCAGAACAGUGCUCACCGGGGUCGAGGCCCGACUUUGGCACCCCAGUUUUCCCAGUCGGAGCCACAGCAGAGCAGCCGGCCAGGCUCUGCCAGCUCCGCGGGAGGAGGGGGACGACAAAGUGGAAGCAGCCAGUCAAAGAGGAGGUGAAGAGGGGGCUGUCACCAUGAAGUAGCACUAUCUCUCCGGGAGCAUCAGGCUUCCUGUAACUUCAUCCCCCCAGGUUGUGAUCGGGGUCAGGGCAACAGAGAUGGUCGAGGAUCAGCGGCAGGAGGAGGAGGAGGAGGAGGAGGGGCUUGAACAAUGUGGAGGAUUGUGGCUCUGCAUCUCCCCCCCCCCUUCUGCUUCAGCACAGACUUCUUCUGUAACCUGAUAUGAGGUCAGAUGAUAAUCACAACCCCCCAGGUGAUAGUUUUAGGCACACCUAAAUAUGCGUAACGAGAUGCAAGUAUGAUAAUUUGGAAGUAUAGCUCUGAGUCGAGGCAGUACAAGAGAAAAUAUUUGAGCACCUUUCUGUAUCUGCUUACUGGCCUUCUGACAUAAGCACAUUCUUUUCCAUUUUCUUCACAUCAGCAGGGAUAAACAGAGUCCCAGAGAUGCUUCUUUUCCUUGAUGAAUCCUCAAUAUCGGCACUUAAGUCUGAAUACAAGCUGAAGUGUUCAGACUUAAGCACAGAAUUAUUUUAGCUGGUAUUAACUCCAUGUAAACUGUGGAUUACUGGUUAAGGAAACCUGACAUGACUAGGCAUAGAGAUAAAAUGUUCAAUGACCUUUCUGUAAUUACCACGCAUUUAAUUCAUUUAAAAAUUAACCAUGGUAAGGACCUUUUUAUUGUACAGAUAUUUAAAAAAAAAAAAGUCAUACAAAAGUUCUCAUCCUGAUUCUCCAAAUCUAUAACCUUCUGAAUUUCAGUACAUACUGUAUAUAUUGAUUUUUGACUUGGGUGGAAAAUAUCCGUCCACAUAAAUAAAUAAUUGCACCAGCUUUACUUCGAAUAUAAAACAUUAUCUCAUAUCAGAGUGGCUGCUCAUGUUUAUCUUAUGCUCCAUGAAAUGUUUACAAGAAAGACCCACGGUUUGACAUGAACUGUCAGGCUAGCACACAAAAAGAUAUUGCUUAUUACUGUUAUAUACACUACCAUCCGUACGACUUGAAUUUGUGUGAACGUCUUAAAUUCAUUGCAUUGUACAUUUGCACUGUUUCUCCUGUGUUGUGAUGUACAGUAUAUUUAUGUGAACUGCUACAGUUUUGUUGUAAUGGAGUUUGAUAGUACUUGAUUUUGAUACUUUUUAAGUGGUUUUAAAUAAAUGUGUCACAUGUCA